GGGUCCGGGGCAAGAAACGAAUCCGAGAAUUAUCGAGGGCGUCGGUUUCCUGCUCAUAGAGUCAAAGGAUUCAAGAAAACAAGCAAGAAAGCGGGGCUGGCAAAGGAGGGUAAAAAGAUCAAGCAGAUUGGAAAUUGUUGUAAAUUGGUGAUGAGAAUUGAUUCUCCACCAGCUGUCAAGCGGAGGAGAUUCACUACUAUCCACUCAAUGGACUCCGAAUCAGCUAAGGCAAAGCUUGCUGCUGCUAAAGAAAGAUUUGGUCGAGAAAUCCGUGUGUUUGAAACAUUUACUGCUUCUUCAAGUCCUAGUGAUGUCCUUGACAAUAAGGAGCCAGAUGACUUUUAUGAGUUCACAGCAGAGGAUUAUUAUCGACUCAUGGCAACAAAAAAGGAAGAUAACUUUCUGAAGACGAAGAAAAUCCGAGAAGCAGAAGAGGCUGCUCGCAGGUCAAGGAUAACUAAGGCUGUCAUUAGAGUACGUUUUCCUGACAAUUACACUCUUGAGGCUGUAUUUCACCCAACGGAGCAGAUUCAAAGCUUAGUUGAUCUUCUCAUGAAAGUAAUUAUUCAUCCUGAAGUGCCAUUUUAUAUAUAUACUACUCCUCCCAAGAAGCAGAUAAAAGACACCUCACAGGACUUUUAUUCUGCUGGUUUUUUGCCCGGUGCUAUUGUGUAUUUUGCAUAUGAUGAAGCACAAGGUGACGCUGCUGCUGCAGCUUCGGGGCCAUUCCUUCAAGAGGAGGUCAUGUCUUUGCAAGGCCUGGACAUCACAGAUGAGCAGCAAGAGUCUGCCCAACCUCCAGCAGAGGUUGUAACGUCCAAUCAUGUUGAUGCUGCUGUUCCCCAGGGCAAGCCUGCUGAUAAGAAGAGUAUCAAGCCAAAGUGGUUGAAAAUGUGAUAUAAAUUAAUCGCCUCUUUGCUGAGAUCUAGAUAGCUUGAUCCAUUUAUAUGUAUGAAAAUCACUUAGUUGCUUGCUGUUAGAGAAAAGGGGGGAGGGAACUUGUCCAUAUGCCUCCCAAACAUGGCAUCUGGCUGGUCGUGAUGAAUUUAAUAAUUUGUUCAUGAUGUCUGCCAAUUCUAGUCUGCUUUUGAGGUGGCUCAGCUUCGUGACCCAA